UACAGGUUCACUGAUGGCUCAGUUGGGAGCAGUUGUGGCUGUGGCUUCCAGUUUCUUUUGCGCAUCUCUCUUCUCAGCUGUGCACAAGAUAGAAGAGGGACAUAUCGGAGUAUAUUACAGAGGUGGUGCCCUGCUGACCUCCACCAGUGGCCCAGGUUUCCAUCUCAUGCUCCCGUUCAUCACAUCCUACAAGUCUGUGCAGACCACUCUCCAAACGGAUGAAGUGAAGAACGUACCAUGUGGAACCAGUGGUGGUGUGAUGAUCUACUUUGACAGAAUUGAAGUGGUGAACUUCCUGGUCCCACAUGCAGUGUAUGAUAUAGUGAAGAACUAUACUGCAGACUAUGACAAGGCCCUCAUCUUCAACAAGAUUCAUCAUGAGCUUAACCAGUUCUGCAGCGUCCAUACACUUCAGGAAGUCUAUAUCGAGCUGUUUGAUCAAAUCGAUGAAAACCUCAAACUGGCUUUGCAGCAGGACCUGACCUCCAUGGCCCCUGGGCUUGUUAUCCAAGCUGUACGAGUGACAAAGCCCAACAUCCCUGAGGCAAUCCGCAGGAACUAUGAGUUGAUGGAAAGUGAGAAGACGAAGCUUCUCAUUGCGGCCCAGAAACAGAAGGUGGUGGAGAAGGAGGCGGAAACGGAGAGGAAGAAGGCCCUCAUUGAGGCAGAAAAAGUGGCACAGGUUGCAGAAAUCACCUAUGGGCAGAAGGUGAUGGAGAAGGAGACCGAGAAGAAGAUUUCAGAAAUUGAGGAUGCUGCGUUUCUGGCCCGGGAGAAGGCAAAGGCCGAUGCUGAGUGCUACACUGCUCUGAAGAUCGCGGAAGCGAAUAAGCUCAAGCUGACCCCAGAAUACCUGCAGCUGAUGAAGUACAAGGCCAUUGCUUCCAACAGCAAGAUUUACUUUGGCAAAGACAUCCCCAACAUGUUCAUGGACUCCGCAGGCGGCCUGGGCAAGCAGUCUGAGGGGCUGAGUGACAAGCUGGGCUUUGGCCUAGAAGACGAGCCCCUAGAGACAGCCACAAAGGAUAAUUGAAGAAAAAGACAUGUGUGCAACCUCUGAUUGUGCAGCUUAGAGAGAUCUUUAUUUUUUAAGAUGAGACAGAGUGCUCCUCCUCUCCACACUACCUUCCUUGACUCUUCGUUACUAUGAUUAUAAAAGGAAGAAAUGACACAAACUUACCCCCUUCUGGGAAGGGGGGAGCAGAUGGAGAAUUGGCUUUGGUUUAUUUUUAAUUCAGGUAAGUAAGUUGUAUGACUUCUGAUAAGGUGUGUACACCAUAGAUUUGACCUCUGACCUGCAGACACCAACUUUGUCACUUUGAAGCUGGCUUAACUGAGGAUACUGUCAGUAGGAAGAGGGAGAGUUGUCGUGCUGCCUCCUCAUGGCUUGAUUUCCUUCAUGGGAAAAUGCACUCCGUAGUUCUCUCCCUUGCCUCUAAUGUAGGCAGUGUCUGCAUGUGAGUGAGGUUCGUAACAGAAGGGGUGUCUGCUGUGGAACAUCGGCUGCAAAGAGCGUUGGCCUGCUGGGCUUUGACUGUGAGUGGAUUACUCUAGAGUUAAGCUGUCUUGAGCCCUUUCUAGGGCACCAAGAACUUGGUGCUAGGUUUUGCAAGGUUUUCUACACACUGUACUCUGCCCUAGUGUUCUCUGACUACGUCUCUCCGCAGCAGGGCUCAGUCACUCCACACGCUCCUUUUCAGUACUUCCACCUGAUCUGUGAUUUGAUUUCUUCUUGAAUAAUCUAUUCAUCAGUUCUACUCAGCAUUAAGAUGGGAACAAACAGGCGCUGUACUAGCUGGUGACCUGGCUCCGUAUUCCUUCCUCAUUAGCACUGUAGUACUGUUUGGCUAAUUAUGCAUAUACUUUUGAGACCAAACAUCUUUAUCGUUAUGGAGGUUCUUCACUAAGAGCCCUUAACACUGUGGAGCAGAAGGGCCCAGCCAGUAGACAUCCGAGUAGUCGUGCCUGUGGCCUGUGCUGGGGUUUGUCUGACACCCUUGUAAGAGCUUUUAACUCUGGCAGCAGCCACUUGAGAGUCAGCUCCAGAGCGGCACAGUAGAUGUGAGGCAGAGCCGUGCCCAUUCCCUGUGGGCCUCAUUGAAUCCCCGAGUUUUGUUUUUUGUUGCUCAUUAGGAAAGCAGUGAGCCACCCUAGGAAAUUGAGAAUGGGAAGAACAGAUACGAAAGAAAGGUAUUUCUUAUCCCGAAAUUGGGCUGGAGGCAGGAGGCUCCUCCAUGGCCCGUGAGCACGCACAGAAUACCUUUGUGGAGGGCAGCUAUCCAGUUAGUUUGCAGACAUGGCGGAACCCUGUACAACCAUGACCACCUCUAGCUUAGGACUUGGCCUUGUUUGCUGGUCCUCUACCCACCUCUCACACACACAAAACACCUACUGUUCUCUUAGGUGACUACUAUAAAUGAUAUUUUCUGGCAUCAAUUCCCACCUCAUUUUUGGUUUUGUAAGUCAGGCCAGUUUGCUCUGAAGUGACACCAGGCUUGUCAGGCUUCAGGUAUUUGGGAAGCAUCCAGUCUGCCCAGAAAGAGGCAGAGUUCAUUGUGCAUACUUCAGAUGUCCCCUUCUUUGCCCUGACUCCUCAGACUGAGACUUCUCAGGCCACGGACCCUGGCCACGCUCUGUACAAACUAAAGCUCUUACAAGAGUGUUUUUUUCCUCCCAAGACCAACUCAUCUUACUCCCACUUGUUGCUGCUAAUCAUUUGAAAGCAACAUGCCGUACCCAGCAUCCUCUUCUACAUGAACCUCAGAACACUACUUGAGUGGAGUCAGUGCAGGAGUCAGGGUAUCCCAGCAAACAGCACCCUCCUAGCCUGAAAGUCUUCUGACGGACAUUCUGAUAGCUCAUCCCUCCAUCACGGAGAGCCACGAUAAAGUCCUGCUGCAACUGCUGCUUCCCCGCCCCUUUGAUGUCACUUCUUUAACAAAACAUGAAUGUUCCCAUGUCAUAGCAUAAAUCCAGUAGCUGUUGGUAUCUGUCACAGCAGUAAAAUCAUGGACCGCAGAUGUCUUUUAGCUUGGGAUACCUAGCCCAUCUGUCUUUGUGACCUUGUUUUUUGUAAUACUAUAAAAUCUGAUUGUAAAGAAUUUGAAUUCUAAACAUAUAAAAUGUGAUAAGCCUGCAGUUUUGUAGGCAGUGAA